CCUGUGCCCGGGCAAGAGCCAUCGCAGCGAAAUGCGUGUUGGUGGUUUUAUGCACGAGCUCAAGAACGCAAGCUCGCCGAUGCAUUGAGCAGACUCUUGCACAUUCUCCGUUGCAAGUUGAUGCAGAGGGCCAGGGCCGUUGGGCCGUUCCACAGGUUCUUUCGAAGGUUUUCGGGCAACGGCCAUUAGCGAGCUCCUGACUUUACGAAAGAUGAUGCUUGUACGCUACGACGAUGUGGACGACUACGAGUACGAGCUGGGGCGCCACGCCAUGCACAACGACGACGCCGACGACGAACUGAGUCUGGGUUUGCUGCCGUCAGCCGCGCCCAAGCCACGCGGGCUACUCCGGAAGCGGUCAUUUUUGGCCGUGUGCGGUGCGACGCUCAUGUGUCUCAUGCUCAUGCCCCUUGCGCUGUACCUCCAGCCAACGGCCAUCGUCAAUGCAGCGCCAGCACUGCUGUAUGCCACUGCCGACACCUUCAAUGCCACCGCUACCCCGACGCCUCGUCCGUGAAGCUUCUCAAUGGGACGACAAAAACAAAGAACUGACUCCGCACGUCAUGUGUUAAUAGUUUUUUCGCUUCUUUGUGCUGGGGCGGCGGGUCGGAUAUCGAUCGACCAUCGUGGUCGUUCAAUGGAGGCAACGGAGAAAUACAUAAGAGUUGACAAGGAGUCGCUGGCCUAGGCCAUGACCUUCU